UAUAAACGAAGCUCCGUCCUCUGGAGUAUCCACAAGCUGCACAACUGUAUUUGGCAAGACUAGAGAAACACCGGAAGGCAGAGGAAUUCAACCAAUUCAAGGUGUUGAUUGCCGCAUCCCGUUGGAGCGCUUGUGGCUCCCCGAUCGAUCUGGAUCUGGAUAGCUAGCUACAGUAGUACGACUGUGGAUGACUCGCUGGAUCUGCAUCGACUGCUCACCCCUCAUCACGCAUCUCUCCACUUGAUUCAAGUUCAACUGCCAGCUGAAAGCGCGAGCGAACCCUGCACCUACUUCCUAGAGAGCAAGGGAGGGAGAUCUAUCUUGUUUUUGCUCUGGAAUAAGGGUGAACCCAAGAUCCGUCUCUGAUCUCUCCAGUCGAUUCAAGUACCAGCUCAAGCGUGAGCUAACCCUGCAACCAAUGGCGGGGGUUCUGGAUGCUUUGGCAUCCUACUUGACCAGCAUGCUCACCGAGAUGGCCAAAGAGGAGGUGGCCAUGCUAAUCGGCGUGUCCGAUGGGAUCAAAGACCUAAGCAUCAAGCUUGGGGACCUCAAGAAUUUCCUUGCUGAUGCUGAUAGGAGGAACAUUACCGAUGAUAGUGUGCGGGGGUGGGCGGGCGAACUGAAGCGUGCCAUGUACCUAGCCACUGACAUCGUCGACCUAUGUCAGCUCAAGGCCAUGGAGAAAGGUCAAACAAAGGACAGGGGGUGCCUUAACCCUCUACUUUUUUGCAUGCGGAAUCCCCUCCACGCCCACGACAUCGGCACCCGCAUCAAGGCAUUGAACAAGGAGCUGGAUAGCAUCUGCGAGCAGGGCAAUAAAUUUAAAUUUGCCAAGCUAGAAGCCUACCAAGACUUGAAGGUUACUCGAUCACUUGCCACUGACCGCAAAACAGAUUCACUGAUGGAGCAGUCAGGUGUUGUUGGCGAAAAGAUUGAGGUGGACACAAGAGCACUCGUGGAGGUGCUUACAAGUGAGGGGGGUGGCGACAAGACUGGUCGCCACAUAGUGGUUGCCAUUGUUGGUGUCGGUGGGAUUGGCAAGACCACCCUCAGCAAGAAGGUCUUCAAUGACGAGGCUAUCCAAGGCAAGUUCACUAAGAAGAUAUGGCUUAGCAUCACACAGGAUUUCACAGUUGUUGAGCUAUUAAGUACAGCCAUCAUUGCCGCUGGGGGAGACCUGCCUAAAGGGAGCGGGGCUCUAAACAGGGCCCUACUUGUCGAUGCUCUCAAGAACGCCAUCGAGAACAAGAAAUUCCUUCUUGUGCUCGAUGAUAUGUGGGGAGCUGAUGCAUGGAACAAACUGCUCAUGACUCCCUUUGGCUAUGGUGGCCCGGGCAGCCGAGUCCUCAUCACCACAAGAAGUGAAACUGUGGCGAGAAACAUGAAAGCUGCACACUGCCACCACAUUGACAAGUUAGGGCCCGAAGAUGCAUGGUCACUGCUCAAGAAUCAGAUACUCACUACAGAGGAGAAUGGUCAUGAGGUUGAUGUGCUAAAGGAAAUUGGGUUGCAAAUUGUAGAAAAAUGUGACGGUUUACCACUCGCUAUAAAAGUAAUGGGGGGACUUCUAUGCAGCAAGGAGAAAUCACGGUUUGCAUGGGAAGAUGUCCUGAAUGAUGACAUAUGGUCAGUAUCUCCAAUGUCAGAUGAACUAAACUAUGCAAUUUAUCUUAGCUACAAGGACUUGCCCUCUUACUUAAAACAAUGCUUCCUGCACUUCUCCCUUAAACCCAAAAAGUCUGUGCUGAGUCUUAGUAAAAUUGUGUCCAUGUGGAUUUGUGAAGGAUUGCUUCAAGGAGGCUCAACUAGUUUGGAAGAAGAAGGGAAAAGGAACUAUAAAGAGCUAAUAUUAAGGAACCUUAUAGAGAUAGAUCCAUCAUUUCCUAGCCAACUUAUCUGCAACAUGCAUGAUGUCAUCCGCUCAUUUGCUCAAUUUAUGGCUAGGGAUGAAACACUAGUAGCUCACAAUGGAGAUACUGCUAGAGAAAACCUUAAAUCAUCAAAUUUUCUUAGACUGUCUAUAGAAACCAAAGGUGUGGGAACAGAUGAAUUUGAGUGGAUAUAUUUAAGAGAGCAGAAAUUGCUUAGGUCACUAAUAUUAACUGGAAACCUCAAAACUCAGCCUGGUGAUUCGUUGAGUAUCUUCCCAAGUCUACGUCUUCUGCAUAUAUAUUCUGCAAAUAUUGCUGCACUAGUUGAAUCUAUGUACCAACUCAAGCACUUGAGAUAUUUGUCAUUAAAUAAGACUGAUAUUUGUAGACUACCGGAGAACAUCCAUGAGAUGAAAUUCCUACAGCAUAUUAGCCUUGAAGGUUGUGAAAUUUUCAUGAAACUUCCUGAUAGCAUUAUCAAGAUGCAAGGGUUGAGGUUCCUUGAUAUUGUUGACACUCGUGUAAGUAGUAUUCCUAGGGGUUUCCGAGCUCUUACCAAUUUGAGGGUACUGAAUGGGUUUCCAGCCUAUAUUGAUGGUGACUGGUGUAGUAUGGAAGAGUUGGGGCCUCUUUCACAGCUCAAUUGUCUUUCACUAUGGUGUCUACAAAAUGUAUCUAGUGCCUUGUUGGCUGCAAAGGCGAGGGUAAAUGAAAAGGAAAAUCUUACCAAACUUGUUUUAAAAUGUGGUGGUAGAGUGGGAGAUGGGUUGGUCCAAGGAUCAGUCUCUAAGUCAAAGGAGGAGCAAAUAAUUGAGGCGGUGUUUGAUGUGCUAUGUCCUCAGCCUUGCAUAGAACACAUCAAAAUAAAAGGAUAUUUUGGCCGCCGGCUCCCAGGAUGGAUGACAUCCACAGCUAUGGUGCCUCUCGAGGGCUUGAAGAUUCUAGUCCUCGAACAGCUGCCUUGCUGCACCCAACUCCCAGAUGGCUUGUGCAGGCUCCCGUAUUUGGAGUGGAUAAAAGUGGACGGGGCUCCAGUAAUCAAGUGUGUUGGUCCUGAAUUCGUGCAACAGUACAAUCAGCUCCACGGUCCUUCAUAUCAGUUGGCUGCUACAUUUCCCAAACUCCAUAACUUGUAUUUGUCUGGAAUGAAGCAAUGGGAGGAGUGGGUUUGGGAGACAGAAGUGAAAUCUAUGCCCUUAUUGGAGGACCUUUGCAUCAGUCGUUGCAAACUGGGCCGUAUGCCUCCAGGACUUGUGUGACAUGGUGGACGACACGGUCCGGUCCGGCGGUCCGGCUCGUGGCCCGCUCGGCUCGGGCCGGCUCGGUCCUGGCCCGCUGAAAAAAUCAGCCGGUCCGAGCUCAGCAAACCAGCCCAACAAAGCUUCGGUCCGGUCCGAGCUUUAACCGAGCCGACUGAGCGGACCGACGAACACGAGCUGUGGCAUGGCGAGAGCAUGGCGGGGGCAUGUCAGGACGCGGCAGGGGCGUGGCGGGGGCUUGCCAAGGGCAUUGCAGGGGCGUGGCGGGGGCGUGUCGAGGUCGUGGCGGGUGCGUGGCGAGCGUGUGGCCAGAGCUGCGUGGCGGGCGCGUGGUGGGCGCGUCGGCCGUGCGCUGGUCUGCGCCGCCGUCGUUCAUCCGCGCGGCCAUCGGCCUCCCUGACGCUGGAAAGCAUGUCUAGUGGAUGCGCCAUGCUCGGAUCUAUCAUCUGGAAGGUAGAACUUGCAGCGGGAGGCCCUACACCGCCGUUGUACACCGGCCGUCGUGCAUCGGCCGUCGUGCCAGAUUCGUCGUCGUUGUUGCUGCCCGAGCUCUGGCUGGCCGCCGUGCCGUCCACCGCGAGUCACAGAAGUCGCUGGACAUCUCCAUGACGAGCCCCUCUGCCUCCAGCGCCCUCCCCGCGUCGCCAUGCUCCGCCGCGUGCUCUGCGGUGAACUCCGGCCGGUCUAAACGAGCCGCUCGGUCCGGCUCGGGCUUCGUCCCUGCCGGUCCGGUCCCUCGAAACAGGACCGUGACCCUGCUCGGUCCGGUCCGGUCCGGACCGCCGACGGCCGGUCCAAAGGACGGCUCGGUCAGGGCCCGGACCGGCCCGGACCGUGUCCAAAUGUCACCCAUGCAAUGGCUUUGAAGAAGCUACAAAUAUGGAACGUCCAAGUUCUCCACUCUUUAGAGAACUUUGUUUCUGUAGUUGAGCUCGACUUGGGAAACAUACCCGAACUGGCCAAGAUCUCCAAUCUUCCAAAAUUACAAAAGCUUAUAAUCAAGUACUGCCCAAAGCUCGAGACGCUGCAGGAGAUGGCUGCACUCCGGAGACUCGAGCUGAGAGUUUCCAGGUGGGAAAGCCAACUUCCAGAUUACCUGCAAACUAUAAAGCCUAGUCAUUUGCUGCUGACCUGCAGCCUUGAAGUACUCACUUCCAUGGCUGAGGGUGAAUCUAGCUCCGAGUGGGACAAGUUCAGUCAUAUCAAGCAAGUCGAGGCUUAUGCAAAGGAUGGACAGGAUGAGAAGAAAUGGCACGUGCUCUACACAUCUGAACCCUGCAGCAUACAGACAAAUAUUCAUCAGGGUCGAUUGGUGGAAGAAGAGGAAUAGGGCGCAACUCAAGCACAGCAAUGAAUGGGACAUAUGAUGCAAGAAUAUAUAUCCGUGCAGGUGGAAUCAAGUAAAUUAAGGCUGCCUCCACUUUCUCCUACAGCUAGUGAGUUGGCCAUGCAAACCCCCGACUACUGUGAUGGUAUAGUUUUCCAUCUGUUGCAGUGAACUCCAUAUGAAGCUAGAGCUCGGUUCUAAUGUCACGCUUGAUAUAUAAGCGAGACCCAUAAAAGCUUUGCUUCCAGGUAAAUGGUAGUGCUGUCAUUGCGAGAUGUGAGUCAGGAAAAUGGUAUAUCUUGUAAUCCCGAGAUGUGAGUCAUUAAAAUAGUAUCGAUUAAUUUGUAUUAUGAUAACAUGACUUUAUUAGGCUUGGAAUAAUGUGAUGUAUGUUAUUGAAGUUGUGACCCACAAUACAUGGUAUAUCUCCUUUGAUGCUUAAUUAGGCUGGCAAGCUCAGUUCGUUUCAA